AGGAGAGGUACAAAAUACCAGUUCUGAAAGCUCUUCUGAGGUGUUUCCUCUUGGCUAAGGUGGAACCUAAAGCCAAUUUAAAAUGCUCUUUGCUGAUUUUCACUGAGCAAUGAGGUAUCAAUACGCUAUGAAUAAGCUGACCAACAGCUUUGACUUGUGGAGGAGUUCUGUAGUAGUCCAGAGGUAGAACAGCUACUUUCUUUCUCCGAUUCAAUAGUAAAAGCUAUCAGUGCUGUGGACAGCUCCUAACAGAGAAUUUGGUAUUCUUGAGGUUUUACUCAGCUGGGUUUUCACUCACCUGGCAAUCUGAGAAGUGCAGAUUAAUUUGACAAGUUCAAAUAUUCUAGUCCUAAUGCAGACUACAGGGACUUAAAUGCAUAAUAUGUUAUGCUAAAAUAUAUUUGCCUAAGUGUCAGUUUGAGUUCUUGUCAGCACAUGAGCAUUAAAUUACAUUUAAAUGGCAAAGUCACCUGUGAACUUGAGAUAUUUCUAACAUGGGAUCACUUAAAAUUGUACUCACUUAGAUUUGGGAGUGUUUCUUUAGCAUCUUAACAACUACUUUGAGACCUAAUUUUAGACACACCCACUUUAUAAUGUUGGCUUUAAUUUCUCAUUGUUUAGUUUGCGAAAGGAUAUGUGUUUUAAACAUUUUAGGAUUACAGAACUACUAUGAUUAUUAAUAAUUUAAUUCAUUAUUAAUUUUUAAUGCAUUAUGUAAUAGUAAAUCACCUUUUCCAGGUCUGCUGUGCACCAGUUAGUUUGCUGCCUGCGCUUCAUCGACUUGGAAGCCAGAGAACAACUCUUGUACCUACAGUUAAGUCUCUUUGCAAAUACAUAAUUGGGUUGGGGAUGAAGAUAGAAAACUCAGGGUGAAAGUGCUAAGUACCGCUCCCAAACAAGAUUUUAUGUUUCUUUAUUCAAAUUUAGAUUGAAAACUGCAGGUAAAAGGAGACUGUGCUCUUAGAUGAGAUAUAUCCCACCAAAGUUUCACACAACUGCAAGAGAGGUUUACUUUUAAGCAUUAGUGUUAAGAAUUUCUUUCCCGUUUUCUUUACUUAAGAACCCUUUUCUCGGUGCUUUGUAAAAACAGUGUGAGAUGUUUCAGUAAUCUAGUACAAUGUAUGUACAGAAUGAUGGCACCAAUAGUAUAUUUGUGUUGUCUAACAUCUUAUCAAUACUUUUACAAGGUAAGAGAUACCAUCCUACUUAGAAGGGUCUCAUGUGGAGAAAACAUUUCUGUUUUCCUGAAAAGGAACAUAAAUUAUGUACGCAUUAAGCCCUGCCCUCUUUUGGCUCCCAGCCCAGCCACCAGCUACAAAGGAGCAGGAACAGCAAAAGGGCCUGAGCACACGUGAACAUCUCUGUCUGAGAGUACUGGAUGUCCUUGUGUUACUAAUUGUCCAGGAAGGAGAAAUCUCGCCAUCAUACUUGGACAAGAAGGACUGGGAGAACGCUGACAUCCAGGAUUCUGCGAAGGUCGUGAUGCAAGAAGGAUCCACAGAAGAGCUCCACUGCAGCCAACCAAGUGAGAGCAACCUAAAUGAGCAUGCUGGACUACUGGCUAACAGAAGCAGAAAAACAAUGGUGACAGGAGGUGGAGGCUACCUGGGAUACAAUCUGGGAUGUGCUCUUGUUAGGUCAGGAAUUGCUGUUGUUCUGUUUGACGUACAGGAACCUAAAUGGGAAAUCCCAAAGGGAGCAGAUUUUUUCAAGGGUGAUGUGAGGGAUUAUGAUGCAGUGUUCACAGCAUGUGAAGGGGUUGACUGCGUUUUUCAUGUGGCUGCAUGUGGAAUGUCAGGAUUAGAACAACUUCAAAAGAAAGAUCAGAUUGAAUCCAUAAAUGUGGGAGGCACAAAGAUAAUAAUUGAUGUCUGCAAACAAAGAAAUAUCCCUAGACUGAUAUAUACCAGUACAGUGAACGUGGUAUUUGGAGGGAAUCCUAUUGAAGAAGGAGAUGAAGAAACUGUGCCGUAUUUUCCACUGGAAAAGCAAUUUAAUCAUUAUUCUAGAACAAAGGCAAUUGCAGACCAAAUGGUUCUUGCUGCUAAUGGAACUUUACUCAAAGGAGGGGAUAAGCUCCAUACUUGUGUGCUUCGUCCACCAGGCAUAUAUGGACCAGACGAGCAGCGCCAUCUGCCGCGAGUAGCCGUAAAUAUCAAGCGGAGACUAUUUAACUUCAAGUUUGGGAAUCAUGAAGUUCAGAUGAACUGGGUUCACAUAGGAAAUCUAGUACAAGCUCACUUACUAGCUGCUGAGGCUCUCACCUCUGAGAAAGGAUAUAUAGCUAGUGGCCAGGCAUAUUACGUACAUGAUGGUGAAAAUGUGGUAUUUUCUGAAUGGAUAGUCCCUUUAUUUGAGAAAUUAGGCUACAGUAAACCCUGGAUACAUAUUCCCGUUCUUCUCGUUCAUGUAUCAGCCACUGUGAUGGAGUAUCUGCACGUGAUACUCAAGCCUGUUUUUAGCUUUACACCUUUCUUGACAAGGAAUGAGGUGUGGAAUGUUACUGUAACUCACACUUUCCGAAUAGACAAGGCACGAAAUCAGCUUGGCUACAAACCAAAGAAAUUCUCAUUUGCUGAUUCUGUGGAUCAUUAUAUUAAAACAAGACCUACUUGCCAGGAAGAUCACUUGUGCCUUAAAAUGCUGUUUGCUUUUGGCAUAUUCUUAAGUUUGAUCAUUCUUUCUUUCUUCUAAAAUCAAAAAAACAGUUCCAAAAACCCUAAUUUUGUUUCUGACUAUUAAUGAUCUGGUCAUAGUAUAUUCCUCAAUUGUUAUGGCCUUUAUUGUUCUUAAGAUGACAUCUCUCUGAUCUCAUUAAAACCAAAUCAGCCCCACAAAAGUGAAAACACAGGACACAUCAGGAACUGUUCCCAAAGAACAGCAGUGCCACAAAAUGCAAGGAGUUAAUCAAUAAUGGGUGCAGGAAUUGUUUUAAUGGAUUUUCAUGAAUUGACUGCUUUAUGCUGAGAAUGAUUCUUCUGAAAAUGAUAAUUCUGGAGGGUAAGAAAUUGGAAGAAGAGGAACCACUGUGGGACUGCAGCGCUGGAACAAGUCCAGUAGCUCCAAUGAAGAGAAGGCUGACUAAACUCCUCUAAGGAAGUUGCUGCUACAGCUACUAUCUGUUAGUAUGAGGAAUUAUGAAGACCUGGGUAAUAGUACGAACCAUAUGAGAAGUAAAGAUUUAUAAAUGACAGGUGGUGAGAGGAUGAAAGUCAUAUUUAUGUAAAAUAGUUUUAUUGUUCAAAAGCUUUGUAAAAAUGUAAUAAAUAAUAUUAUAUAUGUUUGUAAAUCAACUAAUACCCUUUCAGUGCAAUAAUAAAUAAUCACUGAACCAAAUACUUGUUUUAAGGAGCCUGUGGGAAGGGGGAGGGAGGAGGUCACAUAAGAGCUUGGAGUCCAGCACACUGUCACUGCUACCUUGCCAUGUAAAUGGAGCCAGGUCUGACUAUCCAUAACCCUGCACCAGUGCUAGCACACUCUGUUUGAUCAAAAAAUUGCCACUUCAGGAUGAGCAGACAAGCCAAGCACUAAGACCUGAGUGAGUCUCCAGCCUCUCUUUUCCCCUUUCUUAAGACUUAGGUUAGUUACUACUUGGGUGGAUUGUCUUAUGUGAGCUACCUGUGCACCCCAUGUACACAUACUGUGUGUAGCCCAGAUGCAUUUCCAUAAGGUUACCUGUCACAAGGAGUUUCUCAGGGACCAGCUUUGCUCUCACCCAGGAGCAGCUGUUCCCUGUCUUGCACCCCACAGGGAUAAGGAAGGGG